AAAGUUGUUAUUUUGACUAGGGUUUUUUCUUUUCCCUUCCCCACCUAAAUUUUAUUCCAGUGAAGUUUCAGUCAAAGAUUGUUUCAGUUGACAGCUUUCACUUUCCCUUGCACUAGAGUGAAGUUUUGGAACCUGUUGUACUUACGUAGACUGUCCAAUGUUAAUUUGUUGAUUAACCGUUUUUUAAUGAACUUGUGUGACAGUGGUUGUUGCAUGGUGGUGUGGUGACGUUGUUUACGCUUACGUUGGCCAUUGGCGAGUGAAAUUUUUGUGUUUUUUACCAAUCUAAAUUUUGUCUAAAAGUCUAUUUCUAAGUUCUUGUCUAGUACAGUUAAAAUGAACAAAAAGUGUUCUAGGUGUGAGAAAACUGUGUAUCCAAUAGAAGAACUUAAGUGCCUUGACAAAAUAUGGCACAAGCAGUGCUUCAAGUGCCAAGUGUGCAACAUGACACUCAACAUGCGCAACUACAAGGGAUUCAACAAGCAGCCCUACUGCGAAGCGCACAUCCCCAAGGCCAAGGCCACCACCAUGGCGGAGACGCCGGAGCUGAAGAGGAUCGCAGAGAACACCAAGAUACAGUCGAACGUGAAGUACCACGCAGAGUUCGAGAAGGCGAAAGGCAAGUUCACGCAGGUGGUGGAUGACCCGGAGCUGCUGCGCAUCAAGCAGAACACCAGGAUCAUCAGCAACGUUGCGUACCACGGAGACCUGGAGAAGAAGGCUGCCAUGGAGCAGAAGCGUGGCACAACCAGCGACAACGAGAACAGCAACGGCAACUUGCCCGUGAUGCCUCCGCCCCCGCCCCAGCAAGCCCCCGUCCAGCCAGAGCCCCCCACGAACCACCACCAGCACCAGCACCACCCGGUGCAGAAGCACCAGGCGGCGCUGGGCCCCGGCAAGAUCGCAGACUACGACCCGCUGACUGACGGGCCGCGGAACUCCCCGUACUCCGCCCGCCAGAGCUCCACCGUCAUCUACACCUCGGACAGAGGACCAGUGACCAGUCCGCCCAGCCGGAGGGUGGGCUCCAUCGCUGACCUGGACCCAGUGAACGACUUCUACGGCUCGCUGGCGUCGGACGGGCGGCCCAACAACCAGCACCAUGCCCAUGCCCACGCCCCGCCCAAGCAGCCCGCGGGGAAAGUGUUCAAGGCGAUGUACGACUACGACGCCCAGGACUCGGACGAGGUGUCGUUCCUGGACGGGGACGUGAUCGUGAACUGCACGCCGAUCGACGAGGGCUGGAUGACGGGGCUGGUGCAGCGGACGGGACAGACGGGCAUGCUCCCGGCCAACUACGUGGAGCCCGUCAACUAGGCCCGCCGACCACGCCUAUUUAUUACACUAGCAUGUUCUACUCGCUUUCAUAGUGUGUGAAUGUUACCAGUAAUACACUUCUUUCAACUUCAUUUCUUUCCUUGUCGUUUGAUAUUAAUUGUAUAAUCAAGUUUAUUAUUCCACAUUUAACUUUUUUUGAUGUCUGGUAUUACAAUAAUUGUCAUGGAAUGUCGACUGUUGACCAUUAAGUCUUGACGUGGAUUUUUCAGUUCCGAGGUAAUUUUUGAAGUUAUAUACAUUGUAAUUUUGCUAUUGUUUAUUCGUAAAUGAUAUAUAGUUGUUUAUUGCCUUGUUAUAAAACCGAAAGAUAAUAUUGAGAUUGUGAAAAUAUUGUACAGUGUAUUUUUUAGAAGGUAUUUUUUACAUGUAAAUAUUUUAGAAAACUUAUUGUCUUUGUCCAUGUGCCUUAAAAAAAUGCCAGGAUGUAGCGUGUUGUGAGCAGUGCUAUUGUCUCUCUCUCUCUCUGUUUCCAUUUCAACAUUCCUGCAAACAUGGGUUCUUGCGAUCAGUUAUGUCGCAUUUAGGGCUCCUUUUCAGUCCAUUGAAGGAUUUUUAUUUUAACUUUCUGUUUGGUUGUAGGAAAGUAAGUAACUUUAUCUACACACGCAUUCCAUAAUUUUCUUUAUUUCUUUAUUCUGUAUUUAAGGUUAAGCUAUUUCAGAUCAUUCAUUACAUUUUUAGGAAUAUGUACAGCAUUCUUUUUUUUUUUUUUCAAUCUCAGAUUGUUCUUUUUAGGGAGAAAUUAGUUGACAGUAUUAAAACAUUAGCAAUACUGUAGGGUUAUAAGUUACAGUAUCAAGGUUAAUUUUCUUUUAUGUAUAUUGUUGGGAAGAUUAAGUCCUUAUCUUGAGCGACUUGCAUACAGAGUCAUUCCUUGCUUUUGCAUUUUAAAUAAUUUUUUUGUUAGGUACCACAUCCUCAGUCCAAACAAUCUUAAGUAAGUUAUGUUUUGAAUCACACUGUGGGUUGUUGACUCCAAGUUACUGUAUGCAGCAUUUGCGUUUUCCGAACAGCAGUUACACAAGCCUCCUCUUCCGACUACCAUUGCUCUUACGGUUGUUUGUCCGGUGUUCCUCGCCUCUACGCCUCGUGGCCAAUCCGGGCGUCUUCCCGUGCUCUCGUUCUUCCUUCCUUUCAGCCGCGUCUGGCUCUCCCCCGCCUGACUGACGAUCCUGGAGGUGAAACAGUGGCUGGAUGAUGUGGUGAGGGAUUCAAACUGACACGUCCAAUCUCCCCGUGUGCCUUUCCCUGCAGCGAUGCAUUAGAAGUGCUGUGGUUGGACGAGUGGUGCGCAACAGGUUGGUAGGACUGCCCCGGUGGCAGAGGUGCCGUUCAGUAAGUAAGAGUGCGAAGUAAUUUAUUAAACAUUGUACUAGAACCUCUUUAUUUUAAUAUCACAUAUAUACAUACAUACAGCUGCGUAUUAUCUUAUUUAAAAUAAAAAUAAAAUAGUUUAAGGAAUCCGUAACUGAAGAUUAUCAGGGUAGUUUGGUUUCCCGUGAAGUCUCGGGGCACGGAGGUUGCGCACGACUGGUCCAGACUCGGAUUGCUGCCGUGCCGUGCCGGUGGGACUGUUGGUAUCAAGAGUGCACCAGUUCAAGUGCACUUCAUAUUUUGUGAUCCAAUGUAUAUUGACUGUUUUUUUUACCCGUAGUGUCUUGUCGCGGAAGUACUUUGUUGCAGAGUAAUAAAUUAAUAAUGUGUAUACAUAGAGAAGUUAACUAUUUUACAUAAAAUAUUUUAAUACUGUUGUAGGUUGUGUUAACAGAUGUAUAAUGCAUAGUUGUAUGUUUUCUUAAUAUUUUUUUUUUUGGUAGCAGGAUUUUUAAUUGUACAUCAUGCACUGGAUAACAGUUAAUGAUAGCUAUAUUGGAAACUUGGCUAGUGUACUAGCCUGGUAGGGUAGUUACGUAACCUAGGAGGUGAUUGUAAUUACAAACAGGUUGUCAUGACACCUGGCAGUACGUCAUUUGAGUGCUCGAAGGUUUGUGCAAUCCUCCGCUGUUCCUAUGGAGAAAUGAUCAGAACUGAAGAAAGUUCCGUGACAGUGUGACCUUGCGCCAUGUUGUUGCCCCUGUACAGUGCAUCUUGUUGCAAGAUGGCUCCUGUGUGUUGUGAGUUUGUAGAUUAAUAAACAGCUAAUAGUUUAAA